UGAAUGGAGAACUGUGGGUCGGACGUUGUUGGGGGAGAUGACUUGGUAUGAGAGUUCUCACUCGGAUUAAAGAGACGUCUUCGUACUUGUAACUUAUAUAUACCACAACCACAAAGAAAGGAAGGAAAAAAGAAAAGGAGAGAAAGGGAUCAUCAAAUUUAAUCCUCGUUCCAUGGUUUAUGCGUGUGUGUGUUUGUGGGUGGUAGAGUUGUUGUUAAUUGUUGCAGAGUGAGACGCAUCUUCAGUUUCCUCCUCAGCCGCUGCCACUUACCUUUUUUUUUUUUGUUUUUUUCUCCUCUCCCUCUCACUUUCACUUUCAUUAUUAGAGGGAAGGGAAGGGAAGGGAAGGGAAGGAGGACGAUGAUGAGUAAAGGGCACCCUUUGUCUCUCCUCCUGUAGCAUAGCAUAGCAGAGCAGAGCAGAGCAGAGCAGAGCAGCCGCCAUAGCCAUAGGUCUCUAAGCCCGGCUGUGAUGGUGAUGAUGCUAUCGAGCCCUAGCGUGCUUUCCUUUGCCCUAAUCUUAUCUCUCCCUCUUCUUCUCUUGGUGGGGCCACGCGUCCUUCAACCCCACCGCAACAACCUCCUCAUCACCCUUCCUGAUGAGCUCGACGACCUCGCCCUUUUCCGUCGAGCCAUUUCCGUCUCCGCCCGCUCUAAUUCCAGUACCCUGCACCAUCUGCACAAGAGGAGGAAGAGGAAGAUUGCAUUUAUGUUCCUCACCAAUUCAGACCUCCAUUUUGCCCCCCUCUGGGACCGCUUCUUCCAAGGACAAGGACGGGAGCUUUUCAACAUAUACAUACACGCCGACCCCUCCGCCCCCUUCAACCCGCCUUCUUAUGACGGCACCGUCUUCUCCGGUAGGCUCAUCCCCACGGCCAAGCGCACCCAGCGCUCCUCCCCAACCCUCAUCUCCGCCGAGCGCCGCCUCCUUGCAACUGCCCUCCUCGACGACCCCCUCAAUGCCUUCUUUGCCCUCCUCUCUCAGCACUGCAUCCCCCUCCGCCCAUUCCAUUCCCUAUACCACGCCCUCUUCAACCAUGAGCAUGAGCAGCGCAGCUUCAUAGAGAUCCUCGACGGCGAGCCCAGCCUCUGGUCCCGGUACAUCGCCAGGGGCCAGGGAGUGAUGCUUCCGGAGGUGCCAUUCUCCGAGUUCCGGGUGGGGUCCCAAUUCUUUGUGCUGUCACGCCGCCAUGCCCUCCUCGUCAUCCAGGACCGCCGCCUGUGGCGCAAGUUCCGCCUGCCCUGCUUCAACCGCAAUUCCUGCUACCCGGAAGAGCACUACUUCCCCACCCUACUCUGGAUGCGUGACCUUGAGGGAUGCUUCCCCUUCACCCUCACCCACGUCAACUGGACCGGCAGCACCAAUGGCCAUCCCUAUACCUAUCGCCCACACGAGCUCAGCCCUGGACUCAUCCGCACCAUCCGAUCCCCUCCCCCGAAUUCCACCACAAAGGACCAUCGCCAUGGCUUCCCCUACUUUUUCGCCCGCAAGUUCUCCCCCGACUGCCUCCAACCCUUCCUAGACAUGGCUGAUUCUUGCCUCUUCCGCGACUGAGAAAGGUGCUGGUAAAAAAAUUCAAUUGGAUUGAUUUGAAACCACUGAAAAUUUAAAAGAAUCAUCAUCUAUCAGAGGUGGGUGGGUGGGUAGGUGGGUGUAUGCAACUUAAAAAACUCCAACUUUCUUAUCUAUUUUUUCCCCCUUUUAGGUUUUCUUCCUCCUCCCCUUCCUUCCUUAAAGAUGAAUGGGGGAGGUAGAUGUGUUUUCACGAGGAUAAGAAGAGUUGUCCUCUCUCCUCCAUUUUCCACCCAAACAACUCUACCGAUGCAGACACCCAAAUACAGUUGGGUUGCCAUCCUAAUAAGAGUAGGAGAGAGGAUAUGCAUUCGUUCCUCUUCUUCUUCGAUGUAAAAUCUAGCCCUUCAUUUCAAUUUCCUGGAACGGAUGUGUAUGAUGGAUUCUGUAAAAUAUAUCCAUGGUAGAUGGUAUAUAUAAGAAUGCAGUGUUAUUCCCCUUCA